AUGUCCCAUAUGCACCCACCUCAACUCCUCCCAGAACUCCCCCUCGAAGUCCAAUACCUAAUCCUGGAGUCCUCGGAUUGGCUACAACAAUCCAUCCUCCGCCAGGUCUGCAAAACCUGGCAACAUUACAUCGACACAUCCGAUACUCUUCUAGACGAUUGUUACAAAGCUUCGGUACAAGAAGAAUCAGAAAGAAACACCUUUGCCCAAAAGCCAAAAUUCCACAAUGUUGUAGCAUACCGCACUGGGUUUGUCAAAACCCCAACCGGAUUUACACCCUGUGUUUUCCACAGGAAUGAUGCUGGAGAGGUAGUAGAUUGGUCGCCUGAGGCUGAUUUGACUAUAUACCUAUCUGAUCCUUUGUUGAAACCGGGGACGGAGCUAUAUAUCGAUGGAAUGGAUGUUUAUGCCGAGGAUUCGGAUUCGGAUUCUAACAACGACAGAACAAGAUCUUACGGAAUAUUAAGUACGUGUGAUCACGGAUCUGUUGCUUCAUAUCUUAGAGAUACAUGUGAAGGCAUGGACAUUGUUGGUGGUGCGCCUGAAGAAGGGAAAUACUUCAAGGUAUCGUUGUCUUUGGGGAAGACAGAAGCUGGCGAUAUCAGACUUAAGCUAUUGAUUGAGCCUGAGCGUGAGGCGGGUACGGAUGAACAAGCCGGUGCUUUGAUCAGCCAAUUGUCUAUCUUACAAUCAUAA